GUUAUUCGAAAGGAAACUACAGCAUUUGAUUUAAGCGUAUUUCCUCAACACUAACCUUUAUUCAGAGAGAUGGAGAGAUCAGANUCAUCCGUUGAACAAAUUCAGCCUCCAACUUAUGGAAACUUAGUCACCAUUCUCAGCAUCGAUGGUGGUGGCAUCAGGGGCAUCAUCCCUGCCACCAUUAUUCAUUUCCUUGAGUCUCAGCUUCAGGAGUUGGAUGGCCCAGAGGCAAGACUUGCAGAUUAUUUUGAUGUGAUAUCAGGAACAAGCACGGGAGGUCUUGUAACAGCUAUGCUAACUGCUCCAGACAGCAACAAUCGACCACUUUUUGCUGCCAAAGACAUCAAACCCUUUUACUUGGAACACAGUCCUAAAAUUUUCCCACAACACAGUGGCCUUGGUGGGACUAUAAUAGCAAACUUAGUAAGAUCUUUGGGAGGACCCAAAUACGAUGGGAAAUACCUUCGUCAGGUGGUGAGAGAGAAACUUGGAGAGAUUCGGUUGCAUGAAACUCUCACCAACGUUGUCAUUCCCACCUUCGACAUCAAGUCUAUGCAACCCAUUAUUUUUUCGUCCUAUCAGAUGAAGAUGUCUCCUUUCAUGGACGCUAAACUCUCAGACAUAUGCAUAAGCACCUCCGCUGCACCUACUUAUCUGCCUGCACACAAUUUCAAGAACCAAGAUUCUGAAGGGAAGAUACACGAAUUUAACCUCAUUGACGGUGGCGUUUGUGCAAAUAAUCCGACCUUAGUUGCCAUGAACGAAGUUACAAAGCAAAUCAUUAAGCAAAACUCUGAUUUCUUUGCCAUCAAGCCUACGGAAUAUAAUCGGUUCCUGAUAAUUUCAAUAGGCACUGGGACAGCAAAAAAUGAGGAAAAAUUCAAUGCUCAAAUUGCAAGCAAAUGGGGUUUGUUGGAUUGGCUAACCUACGAUGGCAGCACUCCCUUAACAGACGUUUUCAGUCAGUCCAGUGCAGAUAUGGUUGACUUCCAUUUAUCUGCUGUCACUCAAGCACUUCAGUCACAAGAUAAUUACCUUCGAAUUCAGGAUGACACAUUGACCGGAACAGAUUCUUCAGUUGACAUUGCUACGAAGGAGAACCUGGAGAAGCUUAGCGAAAUCGGUGAAAAUCUGUUGAAGAAACCAGUCUCUAGGGUGAACUUAGAGAAUGGUCUCUUUGAGCCACUCAAAAACGGGGAAACAAAUCAAGAAGCUCUUAAAAGGUUUGCAAAAAUACUGUCGCAAGAGAGAAGGCUCCGUGAAAUGAGAUCCCCACACACUAAGAAGCCCUUCUAGUUCUUUUUAUCAUUCUAUACUCACCAUGCUUUUUUCUUGUAACUUUUCUGUCUCGCAUUUCUUAAUAGAACGUGUUUAACGUAUGACUGCUUAUUGAACAAAAUGUAACCUC